AAUCACAAAAUCAGACAACCCCUAGAAAUCGAAGCAUUUCAGAAUAGCCGCCACUCUCUUCUUCUUCUUCUUCUUCUUCACGAGAUUUCUCCUCCAAAUUUGUUCAUCACUGCGGCUGGUGCUCCCUCUUGCAAUGGAGGUUGAGGAACCAUCUCUUUAUUGCUAUGCCAGAUGGAAUUUCUUUGGCAGCUGAUGGUGUGGAAGAAGCCUCUUUUGCACACACGAGGUGGCGAGUUGUUCUUGCAGUUUUAGGAGGGCUGCAUUUGAUUCUUGAGGGGUGCUUAUACAUACUGUGACUAAGCUUGGCUUGACUUGUGAAAGAACUAAAACGUGGACCGACUGACAAGAGUGGUGCUUUAAUGGCGUUGGAGUUUGAUACGUCUGAGAUAGAGUACAUGAGCUACAGCGGUGAGCAUCACCUGCCACUGAUUAUGAAUCUCGUGGAUCAGGAGCUGAGUGAGCCUUAUUCCAUCUUCACCUACCGAUACUUCGUCUAUCUCUGGCCCAAUCUCUCUUUUCUCGCAUUCCAUAAAGGAAAAUGUGUUGGCACGGUGGUGUGCAAAAUGGGAGAUCAUCGUCAUACUUUCAGAGGAUACAUCGCCAUGCUUGUUGUUCUCAACUCUUACAGAGGCCGAGGCAUUGCAACUGAGCUUGUUAGUAGAUCAAUUAAAGUGAUGAUGGAAUCAGGUUGCGAGGAGGUAACACUAGAAGCAGAAGUGACCAAUAAAGGAGCACUAGCACUGUAUGGUCGUCUGGGAUUUAUCAGAGCCAAGAGGCUUUUCCGUUACUACUUGAAUGGUGUUGAUGCUUUCCGGCUGAAGCUAUUGUUUCCUCGACCAGAACCAGACUACUCUGAUUCAAUUAAGUCGGUUGCAGAUGAGAGUGAGGAGCAUGGUGAUGGGAUGCCCCCUGAAGAAAGAACUAUACAGUAAUGCAACAUGUGUUGUUGACGGAGGGAGUCUAUUGAAGAUUUUCGUUCCAUUAUAUCUUACCUCCAUAUCCACAUUUAUCGAUUUAAGCUAAAGCUCGGACGAUGCUGCUUUGGUUGUAGUGAAUAUCUUACCUCAUUACUUUUGCAACUUUGCUUAUGCAAAGCUUGUGAAUAAUAUGUUUGAGUGUAUUAAGAUGCAUGUUUUGGCUCAUUUUUUAUGUUAUCCAUUCUUUUGGCUCA